AUGAAACCUGCCUCCUACCAAACCACCACGAAACCUUCUCUGUUUGCUGCCAAGACGACUGCGGAUAAACUUCGAGUGACUGGACUCUUGGCUGGAAUUACCAUCCUUGUGUGCGUGGCAGACUAUGUCCUCGCUGAGAUGGGAGGUGAGAAGGCCGUGCCGGCCGGGGGCCGCUCCUUCCUCAUUGAGACGGCCACCGUCUUGGUUUGCAUGUUGCUGCCAGCUGCCUUCAUGCACCUCUCCAAGGCCGCCUUCAAGACCAACGGCAAAGACAGCCCAAAGAGCCGGCGUGGGAAGCUGCUGCCCAGUGAAGAGCCAGGGAAGCCGCUCAGGAUCGAUCGAUCGCAGGCCGGCAGCAGCUCCUCGGACGUCGAGGAGGCGCCUUCCCCAGAGAAGCCGAAGGAGACGCCUUCCAACCACGGAGUCAAGAGCCUCUCCCAAGCAGUGGCUGCAGCGGUGCGCAGCGGCGACCGCAGCCGCGCAGAGCGACUCCUGGGCGACAUCAUCCGGACACGUACGCCAGUGGACACCAUGCCCUUCAACUCAGUAAUCCACGCCUGUGCGAAGACUGGUGACAUGGCGGGUGCACGGAGGUGGCUGCAUGAGAUGCGCGCUGCUGGCGUGGAACCCAACACCAUCAGCUACAACAUCCUCAUGGAUGCCUCCGCCAAGGCGGACGACGCCGAGGACGCGGAACACUGGCUUUCCGAGAUGCUGAAAGAUGGAGUACAGGCGAAUGAGGUCAGCUACGCCACCGUCAUCCACGCGCGCGCGAAGCGCGGUGAAACGGAGUUGGCCGAGCACUGGCUCUCAAAGAUGCUCGCCGCUGGCGUCGAGCCCAACAUCGUCAGCUACAACUCGCUCAUCUACGCCUGUGGGCGCAAAGGGGACGCCGCCAGCGCCGAGCGAUGGCUGCGCGAGGCCGAGCGGAGGGGCUUGGCCCCCCGAGUGACCACCUACACGGCAGUGGUUGACGCCUGCGCCAAGAGUGGCGACGUGGAGCGCGCUGAGAAGUGGAUGGAGAAGAUGAAGGAUGCAAAAGUGGAGCCGAACGUUGUCAGCUACUCUGCCAUGAUCGACGCCUGUGCCAAGGUUGGCGAUGCCGUGCGAGCCCAACGAUGGCACCAACGAAUGCAGAAUGCUGGCGUCCAGCCCAACGCACACAGCUUCAGCGCAGUGAUCAAUGCCUGUGCCAAGAGCGGCAAGGUGGCCGCCGCCUGUGAAGAGUUCGACCGCAUGGAGAAAGCUGGGGUGGCGGCCGACGUCGUUGUGUACAGCGGCCUCUUGGACGCCUGUGCCAAGGCUGGCGACCUGGAGCGCUCGAAGGAGGUCUUCGCCAGGAUGAAGGCCGCCGGAGUGCGCCCCAACGUCGUCGCUUACGCCUCGCUGGCCCGGCCCUUCGCGCACCGCGGGGAGUGGCAGGAGGUGGAGAGUUUCGCACAGGACAUGCAGCAAGCAGGCCUGGAGAUGAACGAAUACUUCCUCUAUGCCCUGCUCCUGGCUUAUGCCGGAGCCAAGCCACGCCAGAGCGACCGCGCCGAGGCUGCCUUCCGCCGGGCCCAUGCGCGGGGCUUGGAGGCCAACAAGCACGUGCUCACGGCCCUGGGCCGCGCCGUGGGCCGCGGGCGGGCCGCCCAAAUCGUGCGGGAGCUCGGCCUCAGCGAGUUCCCCGAGGAGCGCCGCCGCCCCUUCAAGUGA